AUGGGGCAGCUCGUAAACAUCGCGGCCCACAGCUUCACCGCCCAGGACCUCCUGCGCAUGGAGCGUGUGCUGCUGGACGCCCUGGAGUUCAGGGUCUCCAACGUGACGGCCUUCACAGCGCUGCAUCUGCUGGUCCAGGGCCUGCCCGGCACGCGGCCGCCUGUCGCGGCGCUGGCGGUGUACCUGCUGGAGCUGUGCCUACUUGACUACACACUUCUGGAGGUCCCCCCCACCCACCAGGCCGCGGCCGCGCUCCUGCUCGCCAUGCACACCCACGGCACCGCCGGCGCCCAGGCGCCGCGCCUGCUGCGCCUGGCGCGCGUCGAGCCGGCGGCGCUCGCACGCGCGGCCGGGCGGCUGGUGCGGAUCCACCGGGACGCGGCGCGGCCGCCGACCGAGGCCUUGGGCGCGCUGCUGGCGCCGAUUGUCUCCAAGUACUCCCGGCCGUCCUGGUGCCACGCCGCGCUGUGCGCGCCGCUCGACGCCGUCGACCCCGCCUGGUGCUCUUGCUGA